UACAUUUUGAGAUUAAAAGAUUAUGCUAAGGUAAUUGUCAGUACUCUAUUUUAGUAUUGUCAAAGGUAACCAGCAACAAUGGAUAAGGUGCAGUUUAAUACACAGAUGGUCAACAUGAGGAAAACGGUGAAAAGGGCAAAAGUACAACUUAUUCACCAUUUAACACGUCAAAUCAUGGUCGUCAGAAAGAAGAAGGGAUCUGGGCAGCAACUUGUAAAGAAUGAACGGAGGGCAGGGCGGCUGGUGAAAGAGAUUGAAGUAAUCAAAGACCUCCCAUGUGACGAGGUCACCAUGUCAGCCGUCAUCAAUAAACAGUCACUACAGGCUGUGUUGGACAAUGGAAACUCUACAGCAGAGCAGCGUGGUACAGCCCGCCUUAUCCACCAUAAAGUCAUAUCCCAGCAAAUAGCUACCUUCAAAGAUCUUGUCACAGAUGAUCUACUAGAAAUUGGGAAGAGGAAAGAAAAACUACUGAGUAGAACCGAAGAAGGAAAUACAAAAAAAGCAGAUAGAAGAAGAUCAGAAUCAUCAAAUGAGGAGGAGGAGGAUUCUUUGGAAGAAGCCGACAACGCCAGUGAAGCAAGUGAUAAUGAUGGGGAUGAGACAAAGGCAUCUCCAUUUCUAACAAUGGACACUGGAAGAUCGAAAAAAUCAGAGUCGACAAGUCUGUCGGAACAAAAUCAGCAAUUAAGAGAACAGAUGGAGAGCAGGCAUAAAAAGUCUGGAUUCUUCACGACAGCUCAAAGCAAGGAGGACAAGUUGCAAGGAGAGAGUGAUGAUGAUGAAGAAGAGGAGAGUGAAGAAAUGGAUGACGAUGAGGAGGAGGAGGAUGAUGUGGAGAGCAUAGAAGACAUGGAUGAUGACAUCGAUGACAUGGGAGAGAACUUCAACUCAGAAUUCAGGGAACUCUCAGCAGAAAUCAAGAAAGGAAAGUACAGUGGACACGUGGAGAAAGAGAGGAAGAAAUCUAAAGGGUUGGACUCCUUGUUUGUGGGUAGAUUAUCUGGAAAGGGCCAUGAUUCUGGUGACAAGACGAUCAAAGGCAGGAAGAAUCGACCUGGGCAGACGGAAAGACAUAAGAUAAACAUCAAGAAGCAGAUCAACGUUUUAAGGAGACCCUCAGGGAAGGAGCCUAGAGAGGGCAGCAGACAUGUGGCCCUUGUGGAUCUACCUAGUUUGGAUGCGAGAGAGAAACAACCAUCUAAGAGGAAGGUCAUCCCAGGCAUCAAUGCUCUGUAUGAGAAGCCCAAGACUGGAGAUUCAUCAAACGAGAAGGUGCUGCCAUCCCAGCGCUCGAUGGUGUCUAAGAGAGGAAGGGGAGGAGCAAGGGGAGGUGGAAGAGGAGGAGGAGCUGGUGGAGGAGGGAGAUCACUCAUGAUGGCUUCUGCACAAGCUCCAGAGGCCCUUCAUCCCUCAUGGGAGGCCAAGAAAAAAAAGAAGGAGCAGGAGUCUAAGAUCUUACCUUUUGAAGGGAAGAAGAUCACUUUUGAUGACUGAUUGAGAGGGGGAGGGGCAAUAGAGAAAAAGGAGUUACACCAGCUCCCCAGUGGGAACAAGCAGUGAUGGGGAAAAGAGGGGGCUGCGUUACUAAAUACACGGUUUUAGUUGAAGGGAAAUCCAACCCUAAUAGACAACUACCAGUACUCUAAAAGAAAGCAGAAAAAUAGAGAGACAAACUGAUGAAAGUUGUGAAUUUUUGAAGUUGUAAUGUCAAUGUGAUGUAGUGCCGGUCGACUUACCCAUCUGUUCCAACAUAUAAAAUGACUAAACUUAAACAAUUUCAAUGAUCCAUUGCUUUAAUAGGAGGGUCUAUUACUUUUAGAGGACCUAUAACAUAUUUUUAGUAGAGCCCCAAGGGACAGAGAACUUAUGAGAAAAAAAGAAUAACAGAAAGUAUCAGACUGUAUUACCGGGUACUGACAAUAAAUUGGCCAAUUUAAUUUAAAUAUCGUGGAAAGAUUUUUUUUUUAAAGACAAGGUCCAAUUAUCUUUCGAAUUCAAUGAACAAUGACAUCGUCCAUAUUAUAAAGUGAAAUAAAAAAGAAUAACAUGUGCUUCCAAAAUAAAUUUCUUUUGUUUCACAUUUAUUUGUCUCUUACUCUGCUUAUUUACACAUUUACCAUGUAUACCAGUUAUGAAAAUAAUGUAAGUGACAAUAUUAUAUUGAUUAAUUAAUCAUAAAUCUAAAUUUAAAUCAAUAAAGACACAUGAAUAAGUAAUGCACUUUGAUUAUUUCCAGUGAAA